CUCCCCUUUGUUCUCUCUCUGGACCAACCCCAGCACCCUCGCUGCUCCCUAACCCGAAGAAGGAUUCCACAGAAGACGAUUCCGAUGGAAGGAGCCACCCUGCGCCUCUCUCAAGAAACUUUCCUUCGGUGGACUUGGCGCAAACGACAAGGGAAGCAGAAGAAGAGGAGGACUCGGGAACGGGCUGCGCCACAGGACAGUGUGCCCGCCACCCCGAGGCACCAAAGGCUCCUGGGGUGCUCCGACAAAGGGAGCCAGGAGGGCCCUGGGGCCCCACUUGCGGCUCCGAUUUGGGCCCGGAGGAGGAUUCGGCAUGAACACACAGGGAAACACGCCUGCAGGAACGGCUCUCUUACGCCUGACCUCCGUAGGCCAAAGAGACGACUUCUGGGCAGCCCACCAGAGGACAGCACUGGAGCCCCGAGGACGAGACGAGAGGACCCUCUGAGUCGGCCGCCACACCCAGAGCUGGCUGCCCGGGACCUGCCGAUGACGGACACGUGGAGCACGAGGCAACCACCUGGGCCCACAACAAUCCAUUGUGUGGGGAGACUGGGCCGACCUGGGGCUGGGCCCACCUGGGACUGGGAUGGAGAGCAGCCUUCCCGUCGUCUCCCCUGUCUGCUGCAGGGGCUGCUCCUCCUCCCGCUGUCCCCUGCAGACCCCGGCAACCCUGCAGAGCAUGACACAUGCAGGACGAAGCGGCACUGCCAGGGUCCCUUGAUCACCCUGGGAUCGACUCGAGGGGCAGCGGCCCUACCCCUGCUGGAUUCCCCAAGGGUGCCGCACCGGAACCGCCCCUGUCGCAUCGACGCACAGGACCGUGACCAAUGCUGGGCUCAACACUGGCAGCGGCCCCACAAAACGUGCCCCGCUCAGCCUGUGUGUUUGGCAGCAGCAAGAGGUUUAGGGAGGAGAGGCUCUCCCCUGCACUCAGCGGCCUCUUCCAUUUACAACUCUGACAGCAGAGGCCUCCCCGAGCUGGGCCUCCGCCACCUGACCAGGAACGACCCACGCGGAGGGACAGCUCUACGCCCCUAUUCAGCAGGAAGAAGCUACAGAAGAUGAGACCGUCCUCCUUCAACAACCUUAACCACGCAAUGCUCCACCCUGGUCAGGGGCACACGAGGAGGGAGGGGAAGGCUAGCUGAGCACCAAGCAGGAGCUGGCACGCCACACCGCCCCCCCAACCUGGGAUACGGGGGACAUCCCUCAGGCGCUCUGACUGCCCUCAAGCUGAGGAAAGGAAAAAACAGAUUCUCCCCAGAUGGCAAGACCGGAGUCUCCCUCGGUUUGUAAACGUCCUCGUGAUUCUGCAGGAAUCAAGAGGCCCGCUUAAUGAGAGGCUAGCGACCUGCCAGAGGCCCGGAUCUCCGUUUCCUGAAGCCCUGACAUCUCUCUCCCCUCCACGACACUGAGGGAGGCUGAGGCCGAAGGAAAUGUCCGUAGGACAGAGUUUCUUUUCAAACCUGCAGUCCCUUGAGAAGGACCUGUGAGAGGAGGAAGGUAACAUUCCUCCAGGAAGCUCCCAACCAUCUUUCAAUUCAUGCCUUCCUAGCGGGAAAAACCACCUUCCCUUCACAAGAGCAAAGUCAACUGUAUCCUCGGUGUCCUCUGUCCACCUGCCACGUUCUUGCAAAACUUCCCUUUUGCCUGACCUCCCCCAAUGCCAUCCCAGAGAGUCAGCCUCCCGUCACGACCCCAACAAGCAGCCCUUUCUACCCAAGGGUCAUAUCCCUGUGCUUUAAUAAAAACCACCUCCUGCC